AUGUACAUGAUCUUCGUCUGCGCUCUGGUGGCGAUGGCUGCUGCAGCCCCAGACCACUACGGACCACCUCCGACCAGGUUCUAUGGCAUUCCUGGGACGCAGUCCCGUCCAGUCAUUCCCAUCCUGAAGGACGAGCGUGAGGGACCUGACGCAUCAGGAGUGUACAGCUUCGAGUUCGAGACGGGCAAUGGCAUCAAGCGUGAGGAACAAGGUGCCCCUCAAGGACCGUCUGGCGCAGUGGCCAUGCAAGGAGGAUGGUCUUUCACUUUCCCCGACGGCUCCCCCGCCGAUGUCUCUUUCGUUGCUGACGACGCUGGUUACCGCGUUGAGUCCGACCUGCUGCCCACGCCCCACCCCCUCCCCGCCCACGCCAUCGCCCAGAUCGAGAAGGCUCGUCGGGAGGACGCAGCUGCUGCGGCCUUGCGCGGGCGUUACUCUGCCCCUCGGACUACCUAUGGAUACCUAUAAUAUGAUCUUAAAAUAU